AUGUUCGCGCGACACUCUCAGCUCGCUGGUCGGGGUUUAAAACAAUUAGCUAUCACUGUUAAGCUGCCGAGACUCAUUUUUCACUCUUGCGCUACGCGGCAGAGCUAUUCUACCAAAACAUCAAUGCGCGAGAAACUGAAGGAAGUGGGAUUUGAAGAACUGUACAGAAUCCGGUCUAAUACACAGCUUUUGAUUCAAGACUUUGCCAAAAAGCCUAUUCCACCACUGUCUUAUGAGUUCCUAACGCAGUACAAGGUGCCACUGACAGAAAAUCAAAAAUACACGCUCACAAUCCAGACUGUAAACUUGCUGCUAAUGUACACAUGUCGCCGGUUGGUCGCCAUACAGCGACUGCCAUACAUCGCAGUAUUGAAUCCCAACAUAGAGCAGACAAACAGAUUGUAUCUCAGGACGCUGGAAAGUCUUCUGUCACUAAACUACCCAUAUGGCCUUCAUGAUCAAGGCGUCAUGACAAAAAAGCUCACAGAGUUUUUGGACGACCACCAGGACACACUGGUCACUCUCUCUCGUGGAUUUCAGGAAAUUAUGGAUUUUUUCCCAAAAGAGGCAGUGUUUGACUUCCUAAAUCUUCACUUGCGGGACCGCAUAGCCAUGAAACUUCUCGCAACGCAUUACCUGGCGCUCGUUUCUCAGAAGUCGAAUGAGGAGCCUGUAAUCGGUGUGCUUCACAAGAAUCUGAAGAUUUCUGAGCUAGUGCGGCGGGUUGAAGAAUUCGUGGGAGACUUGUGCUUUGUGAAAUAUGACCAUCAACUGCCCAUCGAGAUAUUGGAGGGUGAAGACGUGACGUUCCCAUGCAUUCCCACAGAUCUUGAGUAUGUUCUCACAGAAAUUCUCAAAAACUCUAGUCGAGCUCACAUCGAAAACUCUGUCCCCGAGAAUAACACUGCCGAGAAGCCGAUUGAGGUCACUAUAGUGCGCAACGACAACGACUUGAAGAUUAGGAUUCGAGACUUUGGAGGUGGCAUCCCACCAGACGUUGAAGACCGCAUGUUCGACUACUCCUACAGCACCGUUAACAGCGAUGCGAAAGAUAGUGGAAUGAGUGCAUACGUUAUUCCAGGAGAAGACGUUUGCAACGUAUCUGGCAUGGGGUUUGGCUUGCCAAUGUGUAAGGCAUACAUGGAGAUGUUCGGGGGAAGCGUCGACAUUCAGAGCCUAUGGGGAUGGGGUACAGACGCGUACAUCUGUUUGAAGGGCCCUAGUCCCAACUUAUUGAAGUGA